GUUGGUUUGUUUGUUUGUUUGUUUGUUUGUUUGUUUGUUUGUCUCCACACUGAUUCCUCAGUCAGCUGUGUGUAUCUGCAGCUUGAAUCCUGUAUGAACAUUACAGCAGGUUCAGGACUACUUUUUCAUGGUGAACAUCGUGAGGAAGGUGUGAUCAGUGUGGUCAUGUGACCCUGGUGGCGGAGGAACUCUGGGGACCUCAAAGAACCGAAACUACUUUCAGCUGCUGCUCCACUGUUGGAAAGGUUGCAGAAUAAAGAGCAUAAGGAAAGAUUUGAACCAGCAUCAACAUUUAGUGCUGCAGGAGCUCUAACUUGGAAUCGGACCAGAUGUUCUAGUCUUCACUCUUCAUGCACAUCACUAGGUCACUGUCUGUCCUUCCAUGGUGCACUUUAGAGCAGACAUGUUCUUCCCUGGUCUUCUGAUGUUGCUCAUCUGCCUUCAGACCUUCACAUCAGCUCAGAUCGACUAUGUAGGAGGUAGUUGCUGUUUUAGAUUCCAGAGACCUCUAAUUCCUGUAAGACUCAUUACAAAGUAUGAAGUAACUGAUCCUUACUGUCCAAAACCUGGAGUUAUUUUUACUCUAAAGCACCAUCAUCAUCUUCAUCACCAUCGUCGUGUUUGUGCAGACCCUGAGGACACGAGGGUGGGGAGGAUCAUGUAUAGAAUUGACAGGCUACGUUUUGAUUCACAUGCACCACAACUAUGCUGUUACAGAUUCCAUGUGCAUCCAAUUCCUGCAAGACUCAUUACAGGGUAUAAAGUAACAGAUCAUCAGUGUAACAAUCAUGGAGUCAUUUUUAUUCUGAAGGAUAAUCGGAAUUUUUGUGUAGACCCCAAUGAGAACUGGGUGCAGAACAUCAUGAAUACAACUGACAAGACCGAAAAUGCAAAGACGCAGGAACUCCUCUGUCACUAUGGCAGAGGACCAGGACAUUGCUGUUUCAGUUUCCAUGAUGAUCAGAUUUAUUCAGAAUUCAUUACAGGGUAUGAAGAAACAGCUCAUCAUUCUCCAAAUCAUGGAAUCAUUUUCUCUCUAAAGGAUGGCCGUCGUGUUUGUACAAACUAUAAUAAUGAAAUUUCACACGUGUGGAAUUUUUCCUCAGUGCUUUCCUCCGUUUGCAAACCAGCACCAACAUUCGUAGGAACCUGUGACUCACAGCAGCACAAAAUAUUGUGGUAUAUUGUGGUCUCAGGGUUUUACACUGACAGUUUAGGUUAUAGAUCCAGUCCUCAACUCUACACCCUCAUUCACCUUUGCUCAUCACCCACAAUGAGAAUCAUAGUGUCAGGACUCCUUCCCACUUACCACUUGAAUCCUGUAUGAACAUUACAGCAGGUUCAGGACUACUUUUUCAUGGUGAACAAUUCCAGGAAGGUCGUGAUCAAUGUGGUCAUGUGACCCUGAUGGCGGAGGAAUACCAUCAAACUCUGGGAGUAAAGACCUCAAAAAACCGAAAACUACUUUCAGCUGCUGCUCCACUGUUGGAAAGGUUGCAGAAUAAAGAGCAUAAAGAAAGAUUUGAGCAGAAAUGUUCUUCCCGGGUCUCCUGCUGGUUCCCAUCUGCAUUCAGACCUUCACAACAGCUCAGAAUCACUACAAUUGAACCACAUGCUGCUUCAGAACCUCGAGACGUCAGAUCCCUGCAAGACGCAUUACAGGGUAUGAAGUAACUGACUGUCAAUGUUUAAGACCCGGAGUUCUUUUUACUCUAAAGAACGGUGAGCAAGUUUGUGCAGACCCUCAGGUAGAGUGGGUGAAGAACACCAUGAGAACAAUUGACCAGCAUGUGGGUUAAGGUUUAAUCAGCAUUGGUGGUAAAAUCCCUUGUGCGGAGAACUUGAUCUUAUAAAUUCAUCUGGAAACAUAAAGAACUGCUCAAACACCAUUGGAGUUAUUACUCUGCUGAAUUCCUGAUUAUUGACACAACAUUGUUCAUGAUGUCUGCAAAAAACUAAGUGUAUUUUACCCAGUGGUGGACAAAGUACACAGAACAUGUACGAUUAAAACAAUAAAUCAAUACCAGAA